AUGCAUAAAUGUAUACACUGUCUUGGGACCUUUAAAACGGGGAGGGCAUUGGAAUAUCACAUAGUGAUAAAACAUCCAGAAGUCACAACGUCAGUGACCAGAAAGAUACAUCAAUGUCCAUAUUGUUCAUUUAGAACUUUCCGUAAAGAGAAGCUCCAGACACAUUUGUUAAAACAUCCUGAUGCCGUUGCUAACAUCAAAUUGAUCGAAUGUGAAUAUUGCAAUGAUGUGUUCCGGAGGAAUACAAGCUUGGGUGAUCAUAUGAUACAAAAUCACCCUGAGCAUAUGUCUGGCGUUACGUGUAAGAUCUAUGAAUGUCCAGUUCCAACUUGUAACUACAGAACAACAACAAAAUACAAUCUGGUCAAGCAUAUGCCGACUCAUCCAAAUAUCACUAAUUACAAAGUCAAUACAUGCCCAGUGCCAACUUGUAAUUAUAAAACAACAACGAAACGCUAUAUGGUCAGUCAUAUGAAAACACACCAAGAUGACAAAUCCAGUUCGUGUGUACAUUGCAACGCGAUUUUUAAACAAAGAAAAUCAUUAGAUGACCAUAUAUUGAAAAAGCACCCAAAGUUUGUUGAAUCGGUUAAAAGAGUUAUAUACGAAUGCCCGUAUUGCCCAAAUAAAACCGUUUACAAAUGGAAGCAUGAUGAUCAUUUACUGGUACAUCCUGAGGCAGCCCAUAAGUUGGUCCUCCUCAAAUGUAUGCAUUGUGAAUCGACCUUUAAAAUUAAGAGGGAACUUGACGACCACAUAGUGAGAAAACAUCCAGAAUUCAUGGCGUCAGUGACAAGAAAAAUUCAUCAAUGUCCGUAUUGUCCAUAUAGAACUGUCAAAAGUACGCUAGAUAAGCAUUUGAUGAAGCAUCGCGAUGAUGUUUCUAGCACAAAGUUGAGAACGUGUAGACAUUGCAAUAAGUCGUUUAAACAAAAAGAAUCGCUAGAUAAUCACAUGCUUAAAGAACAUCCAGAAUUCACGGAAUCGGUGACAAGAAAUGUACAUCAAUGUCCAUAUUGCCCAUAUAGAAACGUCAGAAAAGUUGCGCUAGAUAGGCAUAUCACAACGCAUCCUGAGGCUGAUUCUAGUAUAACGUUGAUAACAUGUGAACAUUGCAACAAGUCGUUUAAACGAAAACAAUCACUACAUGAUCAUAUAAUUAGAAAACAUCCAGAUUUUAUCUCGUCCGUUACUGCGAAAAUACAUGAAUGUGCACAUUGUCCGUACAAAACCAUGAGGCGAAAUGAUCUCAAACUUCACGAAACAACUCAUCAUGAUGCGAGCACAUCUCAAUGA